UUCCAAUUACAAAAUCAAUGCACCGAAAUUUUUCAUUAAAAGAUGAUGAUUAAUAGCAGAAAAGUUUGAUGGCUGAUGAAAGGCUCUUCACUCAUCUCUGUACUAACUGAAUAGACUGCCCCCUCAUAACCUAAAUUAGGAAUGGGUAAUCCAGCCCGACGAAUUUAGGUUAUCUAUAUUUAUAUUGUUUAUGAGCUCAAUCUGUCUCACUUAUACUCUUUCCAAUGCAAAGAAAUACUUAUCAUUGUUUUUUUUAAUUCUGAAACACCAAAAAAAAAUUCUAAAAAAAAUUCAAAAUCAAGAAAUAAUGCAAUACCCUCUCAAUUGAGAAAACAAUAAAUCAGUUGAAAUUAAAUGAUUGCCAAAUGCUUUCACUAGAAUGUGUGAUAUUAUUGUGAUAAUCGUUCAGACGGGCAUUCCUCUACAAUAAUUCAUUCAUUUAAAUUUGCAGAAUUCAUUUACAAUCGGUUUUCUUAUAUGGAUUAUUAUGGAGGAGCUUUGGCCGUACGGAUGGUCUAUCCAGAUAAUACAGAGCUGUGAUUGGUCAACAAAAUUUGGGGAAGGGGGAGAGGAUAGAGUAGGGAUAGGAGAGGGGCGUGCAGGUAUAAAGGGCCUGGAUCCCUGCGUAGCAGAUCAUUCGUCGAUUCUUCCAGUGACAUGCUAGCGAGGAGCAUGAAAUUGUUCGGCAAUCUCAUAAGCCUUUUCGGUCUUGGCAAGCCCAACUUGGAUCCAAUUGCCAAUCUACCAGUAGAAGUGACACAUUCUAUUUUCAGGAUGUUAGACCCCAAUUCACUUCUGAAUGCAGCUCGAGUCUCCAAGGAAUGGUUUUAUGUCUGUCGAGGUGAUUCUCACCUGAGAGCCACCGCCAGACGUCACCUCAGGAAGGAGAAAAGGAAGGACUGCUCCAAAAAAUGCUGGACACUCUGGACCUCAAUCAAAAGUCGAGGCGAAGAGGAUGACUACUCAGCUUAGGUAAAUUAGUUUUACAUGUUAGUAGGAUUAGGUGUAGAUUGCUGACGAGUUAUUAAUGGAUUCUGUAUAUUAGUUUUAAGAUGACAAUUUGGUGAUACGACUUUUAAUAAAAUACGUAAAAAUGUG